CAGAAAGAACAGUAAAAAUGCAGGCAGGGCACAGGACAAAGCACUAGGGACAAAAUUGUAUUGAGUGAAUGUCACUUUUUGUCAUUUUCAAAUUUUCCACCAUUCCAUCCCCCGUACAUCCCAGGGAAUGGAACCCGGAAGACAGAUGCCGGCAUCGGCCGGAGGAGAUGGCCGGGGACGCUGCAGGGGGGACAUCACGGGAGCGAAGGACAAGGUAAGUGCAGAAGGGAUCCCGGAGCAGCGCCGCAUGGUAAGCCUGAGUGUAGCUCGGGGUUACUGCAUGUGG